AUGGCAAUGACACGUGGAAAGAAGAGACCCAUGUCCCCCAUCCCUUGCCUCAUCCUUGCAGCUGCUAGCUGUUUCGCCAAACUGAGUGAAUCUCUGCAGGUCACAGUGCAACCUGCCUCCAUUGUCCAAAAGCUUGGGGGUCCAGUCAGCCUGGGAUGUCUUGUGGACCCCCCCAGAGUGAACCUCAGCUGGAGGCUGAAUGGGAAGGAGCUGGCUGGAUCAGAUGAGGUGCUGGGUAUCCACAUCGAGCGAGGGAAACUCAUCGUCACGGCUCUCAACAACCACACCGUGGGGCGAUACCAGUGCAUCGCUCAUGUGCCCGAAGGAGUCAUUGCCAGCGUACCUGCAGUGGUCACUUUAGCUAAUCUCAAAGAUUUCAAGUUCGAUGGCCAGCAUGUGAUUGAGGUGGAUGAAGGGAACACAGCCGUCAUCGCCUGUGACCUGCCUGAAAGUCACCCCAAGGCUCAGGUCCGCUACAGCGUGAAGCAGGAGUGGCUCGAGGCCUCACGAGACCAUUACCUUAUCAUGCCAUCCGGGAACCUUCAGAUCGUCAAUGCCAGCCAAGAGGAUGAGGGGACUUACAAAUGUGCUGCCUACAACCCCGUGACGCAGGAGGUGAAAACCUCAGUCUCCAGUGAGAGGCUCCGUGUGAGACGCUCCACAGCGGAGGCAGCACGGAUAAUCUACCCCCCUGAGGCUCAGACCAUCAUUGUCACCAAGGGCCAAAGCCUCAUCCUGGAGUGCGUGGCCAGCGGGAUCCCCCCGCCACGGGUCACCUGGGCCAAAGAUGGCUCCAGCGUCUCUGCGUACAACAAGACGCGCUUCCUGCUCAGCAACCUCCUGAUUGAUCCCACGAGUGAGGAGGACUCGGGCACCUACAGCUGCACGGCUGAUAAUGGAGUCGGGGAGGCCGGAGCCGCAUUCAUCUUCUACAAUGUGCAGGUGUUUGAGCCCCCAGAGGUCACCAUGAAGCUGUCCCAGCAGAUCAUUCCCUGGGGCCAGAGCGCCAAGUUCACCUGUGAGGUGCGAGGGAACCCCCAGCCCUCCGUCAUGUGGCUGCGCAACGCCAUCCCUCUCUCCGCCAGCCACCGGCUCCCGCUCUCCGCACAAGCCAUGGUGCAGCUGAGGACAGCCGAGCCGGGAGCUACACUGAAGCCUGGGCGAGAUGCCCAGCUGGGCUCGGCUCAGCCGACAACACCACCUUCCAGGGACAGUGCCUUAAGGCUGCCCCUUGAGAAAGCUGGAUCGCCAAAGCCUGGGACAACCCCGCUGACAGCAUCUCAGCAGUGUGCAGCCAACAGGGAGCCGGUGUCUCCAGCUGAGGCCCCCAUCAUCCUCAGUUCUCCCCGGACAUCCAAGACAGACAGCUACGAUCUGGUGUGGAGACCCCGGCCUGACAGCAGAGCCCCCAUCCUCUAUUAUGUGGUGAAGCAUCGCAAGCAGGUCACCAACGCCUCGGACAGCUGGGUGGUGAGGGAGGUCCCAGCCUCGCAGCACCGCCUAACCCUCACCAGGCUGGACCCUGGGAGCCUUUACGAGGUGGAGAUGGCCGCUCACAACUGCGCCGGCGAGGGACAGACGGCCAUGGUGACCUUCCGGACUGGCCGGCGCCCCAAACCAGAGAUUGUUGCCAGCAAAGAGCAGCAAAUCCAGAGGGAUGAUCCGGGCACGAGCACUCAGAGCAGUAACCAGUCCGACAAUAGCCGCCUGUCCCCUCCAGAGGCACCGGACCGUCCAACCAUCUCCAUGGCGUCAGAAACAUCUGUGUACGUGACCUGGAUUCCCCGUGGGAAUGGCGGGUUCCCCAUCCAAUCUUUCCGUGUGGAAUAUAAGAAAUUGAAAAAGUUAGGAGACUGGGUCCUGGCCACUAGCGACAUUCCUCCCUCUCGCCUCUCUGUGGAAAUCCCAGGCCUGGAGAAAGGCAUGUCCUAUAAAUUCCGUGUCCGGGCACUGAAUAUCCUGGGAGAGAGCGAGCCCAGUGCAGCGUCUCGGCCAUAUAUGGUGUCUGGGUACAGCAAUCGAGUCUACGAGCGCCCUGUGGCUGGGCCAUACAUCACCUUCACAGAUGCCAUCAAUGAGACCACCAUCAUGCUGAAGUGGAUGUAUAUCCCGGCCAGCAACAACAACACUCCCAUCCAUGGUUUUUAUAUCUACUACCGCCCCACUGACAGUGACAAUGACAGCGACUACAAGAAGGACAUGGUGGAAGGAGAUCGGUACUGGCACUCCAUCAGCCACCUGCAGCCAGAGACCUCGUACGACAUUAAGAUGCAGUGCUUCAACGAGGGUGGUGAAAGCGAGUUCAGCAACGUGAUGAUCUGUGAGACCAAAGCUCGGAGAUCUCUUGGUCUGCCAGGUCGUCUUCCACCCUCCACAGUGUCCCCCCAGCAGCAUCCCCCGCUCAGUGGUGGGCACAGCGGCCUGGGGACAGGAGCCAUGGUGGCCCGUUCCAGCGACUUGCCAUACUUGAUUGUAGGCGUUGUGCUGGGCUCUAUCGUGCUCCUCAUCGUGGCUUUCAUCCCCUUUUGCCUUUGGAGAGCCUGGUCCAAGCAGAAGCAAACCAUUGACAUGGGCUUCCCAGGAGCUGGGCUGCUGGUGUCAUCCUGCCAGUACACCAUGGUGCCUCUGAGGGGCCUCUCUGCUCCUCGUGCCAAUGGACAUCCCUAUGUCAGCGGGCAGCCCUACACCAGUGGGGCACACCUGAAUGGCAUCUGCCCCUCUGCAGGAGGCGGGUAUGCAAGCACCAAGCCCCGAGAUUACAGUCUGGAUGAAAUGCCACCGUCACACGAGGAGACCAACGCCUUGCUGCAGGCGAGAGUGCUGCAGAACGGGAAUGCCCAGCAAGACUGUCAGCCUUCCAGAUUUCCCAACUCGAGAUCAGAAGACAGCUCUUUUCUCUACAGUCUCCCAGAUGACUCCACUCACCAGCUUCUUCAGCCACAAGAUGACUGUCCUCACCUUCAAGAGCGCUUUGGUGGCCUCCAUCACCCAGUGAUGGGCAGCAAAGUGGGAGGUCUGAGCCUGGAUGCUCGAGGGGAUCCCCUUUUCCACCAAGGAAGCCCUUGCUGCCUAGGCCUAGUGCCAGUUGAAGAGGUAGAAAGACUCGAUUGCUGCCAGUCCAGAGGAGAUCUCCAUCCCCAGAAUCCAGUGAUCACAUCUUUGGGUCAGGACCUACCGAGACAUGUGAACAGCAGCCUGCCACCGCCGAGGCCCUCAGAGACUCAUACUCCCACCAGCUAGGGACCAAGCUGCCUUUUACAAAAGACUUAUUC